AUGGCGACGCCAGGCACGUCCAACCCGACCUCCCACACGGUCAGCCUCCUGCUCUCCAAGAUCAACGAUGCCGACCCCGAUUACCGUUACAUGGCCCUCAACGAUCUGUUGGCCACCCUCAACAUUGCCAAGCCAGACCUCCUCCAACACGACUACAACACAUCAAAUCGCACUCUCGACGAGGUCAUCAAGGCUUUGGGUGAUCAGAAUGGCGAGGUCCAGAACCAGGCCAUCAAGGUGCUGGGUCCCCUAUUCAAGAAGCUCCCAUGGCAGACCUACGGCACCGCCAUGCAGAAGCUUAUCGAGUUGCAAAGCCAAAACUCGGAUAUCAACUCAGUUCCUGCCAUGGCCCUCAAAGCUGUCAUCGAAGCCUUUCCGCGUCCUGUGCCCGGUGUCGCGACGAGUAAGGAAGCGCAAGAGGCUUACGAGACCAUCAGCAAGUUGCUCAUUCCUCGCUUCCUGGGUCAGACCACCGGCAAACAGGUACCCGGCCUGCUCCAAGGAGGCCAAGUCACUUCGGAUUCUGUCGACGUUCUCAUAGAAGUCGUCAGAUGCUUCGGCCCAGUGCUUACCCUUGUUGAGGUUGAGGCUCUCCACGAUGCUGUUGUUAGCCUUUUGGCCCAGGAGAAGUCCACAUCAGUCGUCAAGAAGAGAGCCGUUGCCGCCGUGUCUAUGCUGGCUCACUACUUGUCGGACGAUCUUUUGGCUACUUUCGUUAAGCGCACUGUCUCUCUGUUGCGCAAGUCCAGCAUGCCACCCGCUACCCGCCGUCUCUACAUCACAAUCCUGGGUUCCAUGGCCCGUUCCAUUCCUCAUCGGUUUGGCCGUUAUCUGCCCGAGGUGGUCACUUUCGUUCUCGAUGCCCUUAACGAGGAGGAGUUGCAGGCACAACUCGAAGCCAUCCAAGAAGGAAGCGAGACUACUUCGGAAUGGGGCGAUGUUCGGGAAGCCGCUCUUGUUGCCCUGGACGCAUUCCUUUCCUCCUGUCCCAACCAGAUGCGUCCCUACACGAAUGAUGCCAUCGAUGCCUGUCUGCGGUACCUCAAGUUCGAUCCCAACUAUGCCGCCGACGAGGACGAGGAUAUGGAAGAGGAGGAAGACGAGGAAGACGAUUUCGACGAUGACGACGAGUUCGAGGCUGAUGGUAACUUUGACGACGACGAUGAUGCAAGCUGGAAGGUCAGGCGGUGCGCUGCCAAGGCCCUGCAUACCAUCAUUUCAACACGAAGCAGCGGCGACCUCUUGGAGAGCGGUGUUCUCUACCAAAAGGUUGCUCCGGCAUUGAUCAAGAGGUUCGACGAGCGCGAGGAGAAUGUUCGUCUGGAGGUUCUCUCUGCCGUCUCCUUGCUGAUUCGCAAGACGGGAGAGGGUGUCAUUCCUGACUUUACGAUCGACAGCGCCACUGGCGAUAGCCUUGGCCAAGCUCCUCAGAGCCGGAAGCGCAGACGCCAGAGUAGCGCAGCUGGUCAAGCUGGUCUGCCGGUAAAUCUCUCCGGCACUGGGCUUACAUCGCCAAAGGCCGAAAAGAUCCCAGCAACGGGACCUCGUGCCGAUCUCGCCGCCCUCACUCCUGCCAUUGUCAAGUCGGCUACCAAACUGCUCAAGGGCAAGCUCAUUCCCACGAAGCAGGCCACCAUCAAUAUUCUUGAUGAUCUGAUUUCGGUUCAAAAGGGUGGCCUUGCGCCAUAUCUCGACCAGAUCACGGACCUUAUUCUGGAUGCCAUCAAACCGACCGGAUUAGGCACCUCAUCGACGCAGAUUUCUUUUACUGGGGGCAGCUUCGCCAGGAACCACUCGUCAAAUGACCUGCAGCCUUACCUACCAAAGAUCGUUGAUGGUGUUGUUUCAGUUGUUCAUGACCGUGUCUACAAGAUCGCCGCUGAGGCUGUCCAAACUGCCGAGGAAGUCUCCAAGGCCAUCACACCCCCACGUGCUCGCAUGACUGCGCAAAAGUACAAGGGAGAGCUGCAAAAGCUUUACAAUGUGAUGGUUGACCGCACCACGGACAAUGAUGCUGACGCCGAAGUUCGCCAAAAGGCCAUCCAUGCCCUUGGGACCCUCCUCUCUCGGACAUCAGAUGCUGAAGGCGCCGCCUUGCUCCCGGAUGAGAACCGGAAGACUGCUCUCGGUCACCUUAAGGACAGGCUCUUCAACGAAACCACGCGUCUCGCCGCCGUCCGGGCAAUUGACACUGUUGCCGCUUUCUCAUCGUCUGGAGCUUCUUUCGACGCGCCGUGGACUCAAGAAGUUGUUGGUGAACUUGCCGCUCAGUUGCGCAAGGCCAACCGUUCCUUGAGGGGCUCCAGCGUUAUGGCCCUCAAGCAUUUGGUCCUCUCGCCGGCUACCAAGAACACUCUAGAUGAUGCGACUGUCCAGAAGGUGGUGACCGCGCUGGUUACAGUCAUCACGCACUACGACGCCCAGCUUCUUGGCCCUGGUCUUCUCGUGCUUGCACGCCUGGCACAGGAGAAGCCGCAAAUCGUCAUCACUCACGAGCUCAUGACCGCGCUCUGUAAACUACUUAUGGAGUCGACAGUUACAGGCACGGUCCUUGACUCUCUUCUAGUGCUUGUCCAUAGCAUCGGCCAGACUGGGAAGGGAGAGAUUCUGAUGCAGCGCCUGCUCAACCAGGUUGCCCUGAGCGGUGACCCCGCGGUGGUCGGCAAGGUUAUCGGUACCCUUCUUGUGGCGAGUGGUAAUAAGGGCACCUACACGGCCGAGCUUUUCGUCCAGGAGAUCCAGCAGCAGAAGGGUGAGAGGGCCAGCCUUGCGCUUACCAUUCUGGGUGAGGCCGGACUUCGUCUUGGCGAUAAGUUCCCGUACUCUCCCAGCCUCUUCCUUGAGCAGUUCCAUAGCGAGUACGACAAGACGGCGCUUUCUGCCGCCGUUGCUUUGGGUCGUGCUGGAGCGGGCAACGUAACUGCUUAUGUCCCGGUCAUCCUUGAGUCGAUGCAUCAGGGGGGUAACACGCAGUACUUGCUUCUUCAGUCUAUCAAGGAGGUUCUCCAGCAAGUUGCUAUGUCUUCGACCGAUCUUGGCCAGUUGUCGACUCCCAUCUGGAACCAGAUCCUUGCUGCGUCUGGGUCGGAGGAUAACAAGGCGGUUUGUGCAGAGUGUAUUGGUCGUUUGGUUAUCAUUGAUCCCAAGACGUACAUGUUGAAGCUUGUCUCCCUGCUCAACGACCAGUCGCCUUUGUUGAGGGCCAUCGCCAUUCAGGCCCUUCGCUACACUCUCCCCGACGAGAACGAGGUCUUUGACAGCAUGCUCAAGAGCCACCUGGUUGACAUGCUCAAGACGAUGCUGGAGGAUCCUGAGAUGGAGAACCGUCGUCAUGCCAUGUCGACCUUCAACUCGGCGGCGCACAACAAGGCGGACAUCAUCCUUGUUCAUCUUAACAAGCUGAUGCCUUAUGUCAUGAGGGAGACGGUGAUCAAGCCGGAGCUCAUCAGGGAGGUUCAGAUGGGUCCGUUCAAGCAUAUUAUUGAUGAUGGUUUGGAACUUCGCAAGGCUGCAUACGAAACCCUCUACGCUCUCAUGGAGACGGCGUUUUCCCGCAUCAGCAUUAUUGAUCUUUACGACCGCAUUGUCGCCGGCCUGUCGGAUGACAACGAUAUCAAGGCUCUCUGCAACCUGAUGGUCUCCAAACUCGCCUACAUCGCCCCCGAAGAGACCAUUCGCCGUCUCGACUCCAUCGCAGAGGCCUUCCGCAAGACGCUGUCGACCAAGCUGAAGGACACAGCGGUGAAGCAGGAGCUCGAGAAGCUAGCUGAGGCUAACCGGGCAGCUCUUCGGGUCACACUCUUGCUCGGGGAGAAACUCAAGGCUUACCUAAGCACGGGCGGCGUGGUCGGAGCGGCAGCCCCCCGGGGGCUCGGCUGCAGUGGCAGGAACCAACCAGGUCUGGCAUAG